GCGGGCGGGCGAGGCGAGCGGGAUACAUUGUUACCGGGACGGGGCGGGAUACAUUGAUACAUUGUUACUGUCCCGACAUUGUAUCCAGAGGCUGGGAAUUCACCAGGAACAACUGGGAAAACUCUCCCCGAGAAAUGGAGCCGCAGAUCCAGAUGGUUGGCAUAACAAGUGGGACUAUGAUAGUUAAAGAGCUGGCGGCUGGCCUAUAGAAGCUGCUGUCGAUGAACAACUUUUGUGUCCAACAUUAAGUCGGAUAGUCCCAGGAACCAUGGCAGCCCAGCGAAUUCGCUCCACCAACACGAGUGGACUUCCUCGGUGUAAAUCCGAAGGGACGUUAAUCGACUUGAAUGAUGGUUUCUCUGAUCUCGGGAUGAACGAUGUCAAAGGGCCUUCUCCUAGCACCUUGAGGUUGAAUACAUCUACAUCUUUUGGCAAUGCACGUGAAGUUGUGGCUAUCAAGGAUUACUGUCCUACUAAUUUUACCACGCUCAAAUUUAACAAGGGGGAUCUCCUGUAUGUCCUGGACACCUCUGGAGCUGAAUGGUGGUAUGCCCACAACAACACUGAAAUGGGCUACAUUCCUGCUUCCUACGUUCAACCUGUUGGCAGAAGUUCCUCCCUUUGGGACAGUGGAAUGGUGGACAACAUUGGGGACAGUUCUGACGAAGGUGCCAAAGAGAUGGACUUACUUGGAGAGUGGGGAGAUGCCUUUGAAAAAAUGUCUUCAAAGCCCCAACACAAUAACCCAUUUUUGAACGGCUUUGCAUCCUCCAAUCCAUUUUUAGAUGGAAACGUACAGAGCCUCGGUUCCAACAGUGAACAGGCAGCCAAAUCGGAGGUGGAUCUACUUCUGUUUGACCCUGUAACGCCACCUUUCACAGCCAACAGUGUAAGCAAUGGUGCUUUUGAGGAAGACCCGCUAAUUAGCUCAAAAGCUGAGUUUGACCCACUCCUGGGUAGGAACAAUCCGUUCUUCAGGAGCAAGCGAUCGUACAGUAUGUCUGAGCUUUCGGUCUUGCAAGCCAAGUCUAAUGGACCUCCCUCAUCUGGAUUCUUCAGCGGUAUGCAGUCUCCAGACCCUGAACAGUUCAAGAGCAGGGAGGACUUCCGAACGGCAUGGCUUAACCACAGGAAAAUGGCACGCUCGUGCCACGAUCUAAAUUCUCUUGGGCAAAACCCUGGCUGGGGUCAGACCCAACCUGUGGAGACGAAUAUUGCGUGCAAGCUGGAGAGUGCAGGCGGGGCAGUUCAACUUCCAGACACCAGCAUCAGUAUUCACGUGCCAGAAGGACAUGUCUCUCCCGGGGAAACCCAGCAAAUCUCAAUGAAAGCCUUGCUGGACCCUCCCAUCGAGUUGAACAAUGACAGAUGCACCACCAUUAGCCCCGUGGUUGAGAUCAAAUUAAGCAACAUGGAAGUCAAGACCUUCCUUACCCUGGAAAUGAAGAUCUCUGCUGAGCUAAAGGACGAUGUAGCGAGCAAGAAGGAUGCUGAGAUCACCUGCUUGUGCAGCGACAGCAAAGAUGGGCCAUUCUCACCAAUGCCUCAGGUUUAUCACUAUGGCGAUACAGUACAGGUGCAGCUGGACAACCUGGAGCCUUGCAUGUACAUUGUCGUGGUGUCUCAGGCCAGGGCUCUGCAGUACCCUGACACCGUGUGGGAUUGCAUUAACAAAAAUGUCACAGUCGGGGUUUAUGGGCCCAAACAUAUCCACCCUUCAUUCAAGGCAGUGGUGGCCGUUUUUGGCCAUAACAGCGCGCCCAAGUCUUUGCUGGUCAGCGAGGUGGGUCAAGAAGUUUUGGCCACACCCCCAGUGGCGUUGCAGCUGUGGGGUAAGCACCAGUUUGUGUUAGCCAAGCCCCAGGACCUGAAGAUCAGCAUCCAUCCCAAUAUUUCUAACUACGAGGUCAAACCCUCCGACCAGGUUAAGGUCGUCCGUGGGUUUCAGGUGAAGCUCGGGAAGGUCAGCCGCCUCAUCUUUCCCAUCCACUCGCGCGUCCCGGACGAGCUUUCCGACUUCACGCUCAGGAUCCAGGUGAAGAACGACCAGGAGGCGAUGAUCAUGCAGUUCUGUGUGAGGACACCGCAGCCGCCCCCAAAGCCCGGGGCCCGUAACAGCGGACAGCGGAGGUUCCUGAAGAAGAAAGAGAUCGGCAAGAUCGUUCUCUCUCCCUUGGCCGUCACUAGCAAAUACCCCAUCUUUCACGACCGCAGAGUAAACAACCUCAAGUAUGGCAAACUGCUGAAGACUGUGGUAAGGCAAAACAAAAACUAUUACCUCCUGGAGUAUAAGAAGGGAGAUGUGAUUGCAUUGCUGAGUGAAGAGAAGAUUAAGUUGAAAGGGCAGCUGCGAACAAAGGAAUGGUACACGGGCUAUUACCAAGGGAAAAUCGGGCUCGUGCAUGCCAAAAAUGUGCUCGUGGUCGGAAAAAUUAAGCCGAGCUUCUUCCUUGGGCCUGACCUCACCACCUCAACGCUCUUGGACCAGAUCCUGCGCCCCAGCAAGUUUCUGACCUACAUUUAUGCCUCUGUAAGGAUGACACUGAUGGAAAAUAUCAACAGUUGGCGGGCGUUUGCAGACGCCCUGGGUUACAAAAACAUGCCGCUUGUACACUUUUGCCGGACAGAGAUAGACAGUGAGCCGGAGCGUGUGGCGUCUGUACUGGAAAAGCUCAAGGAGGACUGCAACGACUCUGAGAACAUGGAGAAGAAGUCCUUUCAGAAGGAGCUGAUGGCUGCUUUGUUAAAACUGGACUGCCAGGGUUUGGUCGCCAGGCUCAUCCAGGAUUUUGUACUGCUCACCACUGCGGUAGAAGUGGCCCCGAGAUGGAGAGAACUAGCUGAGAAACUGGCCAAAGUUUCCAGGCAACAGAUGGAAGCUUAUGAAGCCCCCCACAGGGACAAGAACGGGGGCAUUGAAACCGAGGCGAUGUGGAAACCAGCCUAUGACUUCUUGCUGACCUGGAGUGCACAGAUUGGAGACAGCUACAGAGAUGUGAUUCAGGAACUGCACCUGGGACUCGAUAAAAUGAAACACCCCAUCACCAAGCGCUGGAAGCAUUUGACGGGGACCCUCAUCUUGGUCUACGCCCUGGAGAUUCUCAGAGCAGCAGCAUUCAGGCCCCCUGACCAGGACGACAUUGCUAUUUAGCCUGGAUGCCCCCAAGCCUGUUGCGUGGGGAAGGCGUAGAGUGAAGUCCAGCAAGAGGGGGAGAGUUGGGGUGGGGGGGAAGAGUGACUGCAAGAUUUUUGCCUUGAACGACUCGAGCUGUUUGGACCCAGUUUCCCGAGGCUUUUGCCAGCGGGACUUAACAGACCUCCUUACAGCCUGGAGCACUGAGGCAUUUUCUGAGUUGCAAAGAUUUGGCUCAGUUGUCGGUUUUAUCUUCGCUGUGUUCAAACUAUCACGGUCAAAGGCAAAAGCCAGCCUGGCCCCCAAGACUUCUUAAGAAGCCCCACCUCGUUUUGUGACUCGGAAGUGAAUCCUGAUAGCUUGUUUUGCACACGGAAUCAAUCAAAUUAAAUGGGGAGGGUGGGUGCGGGUGAAUUCACCAUUGGGUUAUUAAUGAACAAAAUUCUAACUAAAUCCUGUUCAUGUCUCUGAAUUGAUAAAGAUUGUGCUUUAGUGUAAAGAGACGCUAACCUUUCCAUUGCAUUGUUUCUGCCUUUUGAAUAGCACUAUUUUAUUGGUACUAUUUUUAACUGUGUCAAAGGUCUGAGCAAUGUCCCAGAAUUGUUCUUCAGCCCAUAUCUUAAGAAAUUGACUGAAUGUAGUUUUUAAGCUUUGUAAAAACAGCAGGAUUCCUAACUACCUCAGGUACACACCGCUUUUCCCUGAUCUGCUUUUAAUCAUGAAAGCUCUCCCCUUAACCCCCCCCCCUUCCCUUGUACUAGAAGCUCUGUGUGUGGGGUGGUGGGGGGUGGUCAGCUCGGUGCUGAUCCCAGCUGUCUGCCUGGCGUUCUGCCUUUUCAGGCUGAGAGCUGAAAGGUUUGCGGAGGGGAGCUAUACAUGUCGAGACAUGCCCACGCUUUGAGCUGGGGAGCUGGUCCCAGCUAUCGCAUUCUGGAAAGCUGAAAUGUGCCACUCAGGUUAUUCAGCAGUUGCCAAGCUAAGGCAGUGUUUUCCCUUCCAGUUUCAAGCGGCGUAGCUUCGGGUCUUUGUAAAGCAAUGGAAAAUACUGCCGGGCAGGGGUAGAAUGAGGAAGAGGAGGAGGAUUCAACACAGUUUGAAAGGUAGAAAUGCUUUGAGAAUACAGUCAGCCAGUGCAUUUAAAACAAUGAGGUCCUUGUGCAUCUCCUGCCUCUCUCUCUCUCUCCUGGGUGUCACCCGUUAGCCCAAUUCAUUACACACUUCACCUUUCUUUAACCCGCUCACAGCUGCCAGGGGGAUGUAUUUCAUUUGGAUUUUCUGGUUUGGAGGACACAGUUUCUUAAUGGGCUUUAAGUGAGGCACGGGGUGGGGUUACACCAAAACGCGGGCUGCCACAGUCGGUGGGAUCGUUACAGCUUGUUGGAUUUAAAUAUGAAGAUUAAGAAAUUGUGUGCACUUGUGUUUUCCUCUUCACUAACUGAAAUUGGGCUAAUUAAUGCAAUGUAAUCAUUCCAAACCCCCUCCCCCCUGCCGGAUUAAUUGAUCACAGUGAGGCUGUCUGUAAUGCAUGGUAUGGUAAACACUUGGUCAUGUUCAGUGGGGAAGUUGAAGCAGCAGAUCCCAACAAGAAUUCUCAUAUUCAUUGGCCAAAACUGUUAAUGCUUUUGAAGCAGACCGUGUUAACUGGGAAUAACUGGGGUGUAUUAGACAGUACCAUACCCCACUCCAGACUUCGCUUUAAUAUGUAGUCACUCAUUUCAGAAACUUUUAUCAUCAAAUAUUCUGAAUAAAAUGACACCUUUUUUUUUUAUAUAUACCCUUUCCUCUUCAUUACUCUGUCCUAAGGAACUACUUGCCUCAAACAUGUCCCCCCCUCUCUCUCAGUUGGUGUAAUAAGGGAAUCAUGCCAACUUAACGCUCAUUUUGCGCUCCUGGUGAAAGAUUGGCGCGAUCUGAAUUUCUUUCAGCGGUCUCCUCUUUGCCUCGCUUGACUUGGGGGGGUCACGUAGGUUGUGUGUCUGCUUGCACAUCCAACAUCAUUUCCUCGCACAGUAUUUUGUGGAAUGUGUAAGAACACAGAGUUCAAAAUACAUUUCCCAAACUGCACAAGCCGCUCCCUUUGUUCAAAUCAGUGGUUGUACCUCUGGUCUUCAUCGCUGGUCAUCAGUAUGGGGCUGCCUGCAUCGAGCUCCUCAAAAAUUGAGAGCUCCCUAACUCAAGCUGUCGCCUGUCUGAAUGUAUUUGCCAGUGGGCGCAGGUUCAAGAACUGGUGUCUAGAGAUUGUACGUUAGUUCUUGUCGUCUUCAUUGGCGAAGCUAUUAAUAUUAGAGGAGGACUCCUAGAAUAGUUCUGAAUAUUGAUGUGGAUGAGGUGAUUCUCAUUUUGGUGUGAGCUCAGGAAUGAAUACGCAGCUGGUGACAAAAGCUGAUGAUGAUCUUUCUCUUGCUGCAGAGAUCUAAUUUAGCCCUGGUGCUUUCACCGAGUCCGGAUGAAUGGGAGCCUUCCUGCGUAUAUCUGAACACUAAAUAUUGAUUUUCUAAGAAAGCCAAUUUUCUAUUUUUUUUUGAAUUUAAAAAAAAAGUGCUGACACAGGACGCUUCACAGUUUGAGAUCUGUUUGAUUUGUAAAGGGAAUUUGUACAUUUAUAAAUGUAGAUAUUUAAAUAAUAUACAGCAUACUUCUAGAAUUGCAGUAAUAAUUAAAAUAGUGAGUAGUCCAGGAUAGAAAUGUCAAUUUAUCCCAUCCAGCUCAUCACUCUGCCGCUUCUCAAAUAACCCACUCUAGUGCCCGUCUAUAACGUGAAUCCCCCCGAACUGUUCAAGUGCAGAGCAUUACUUGGUAGAACAUUAACUUAAAGCGUGAUAAACGUCUACAAAGCCUUUUCUUUCCUGGGGCCUGCUUUUAAAGCACUUUUUAAUUUAAAGUUGUGCCCUCUAGGCCCACUGGACUGACUGACCAAGUAAGAUCGCGGGCUCACUCCGUCAUUGUUGUAAGGUGCUUCCGACUCCUCAGUGAGGCCAUCCUUUAAACUUUAUCCAGACCAAACCUCAUGUUUUUUUUUUUAAACCCGCACUUAGAGUGUGCUGAACCUUUGAAUUAUUGGUAAAUGCACUUCAGGAGUACGCUGAAAUUGGAAUCAAAGUGCAUGCUCCCACUAACCACAGAAUUGUUUCAGUGCAGGAGGAGAUCAUUCAGCCAUCAUGUCUAAGCCUAUGGAAAAGUUAUUCCUUUGACAUUUUGACAAUGUGAAAUGCUGUUGAUUGUUGAUCAGCAGACGUCUUCUGCCAGCUUGGCUAAGCGAACUCUGAAACUGGACAACCCCAUCAGCCAGCUUUACUGGAAUAUUUUGCAAUGUUGGACUUGGGAGGGAGCGUUAGCAAGUGAACCUGUCGUUUCUCUAAAUGCCAUGGCCUGGUGAAGAUGUCCUCGAAAGGAAUAGAUGGCUCUGAAAUUGACAGGACUGUUUAAUCGAGACAGUUUGAUUAAGUUUCUGCCCUUUGUGAAAUCUUUCUUCUGGCGGUAAUUGGGGAAUUCAUUUACAUUAUUCCCCACCCUCUCCUCAUCUCUUGCACAGCCAGUGUCCCUUCCAAAACAACCUUUUGAGCCUGAGAUGUCACUCAAUAUUUGACGUCUUUAACCCUGUGAUUCAUUUGCCUGCAGGUUGUAAAUUAAUGUAAAUUUACUGCUUUUGUAACCUAUCUGCUGUUCUGGCCACAUUUUCGCUAUCUGGCUUGAUUUCUGCAUUUUCUUUUGUGUCCUAGAUAAGGUACAAUGGCUGAAUUUGCUUCAGAAGUUGUGUAUCAUCCAUGGAGAGCAUUCUAGUGCCUGGUCUAAUUGGUGUAAGAUUCUGACUUUAAAAAAAAAAGACUAACUUUAAUUUCGUCAACUCAGACCUGAUGGCCAUAAUCUCGACAUGUAUUCCCCGCCGACUCGUGUCACAUAGUACAGGCUGUCACAGUCUAACAUGUCUAAGAAUGAUAUUCUGUUCUUCACCAGGAUGCGUGAUUAUGCUUGGUUGCUCACUGUUCUUGCUCUAGUGCACUGAUCACACUAAUGGUAGCCUCUGGGUUCGCAUACCAAAAAAACACCUUAACCCAGAACUGAUCAAUCUUAUGCAAAUCCUUUCUUUGUUUCUAUGUGCGCACAUCUCUUCAGAGUUCAAUGUCACUACAACUUUCCCAAAUUUAAAAUAUGUAUUUUGAAAAUUAUUGUACAAAUAUAGUCUUGAUUUUUACUAUCUGCGCUUCUAAAGUAGGAUUGAUUUAUUUUUCCUCUGGUGUUGGGUUGAGAGAGCACACCAGUUUUCCAUUGUUUGAAGAUCAACAUCCUGGAACUCCCUCCCUAACAGCCCUAUGGGUGUACCCACACCACGUGGACUGCAGCAGUUCGAGAGGGUGGGGGUCACCACCACUUUAUCAAGGAAUGGGCACUAAAUGCUGGCCUUGCCAGCGAUGCCUACAUCCCAUAAAGAUAUGUAUGCCAGUUUGAGGUGGUAAGUAAUUUGGAAUGAACUGAUGAAUUCGCAACGGAUUCUCGGUUUUCUCAUUUCCACGACCCACGUCAUGUCAUCUUGAUUCAGUCUUAAUAAAAGUGAUGCUCCCAUUCUCCUUUCCGUCCACCUUGUUACAUCACCAAAUAAAUACCAGUCAAUAAGCUAAUCUUCGGCUCAGUGCACUUUCUGCCACAUGCUUUCGUCCGUAAGUUGCUGCCAUAUUACCCCACACUCGCUUUCUGACACACAAGGCAAAACUGUUGUUAUGCUGACUGGUAUUGUAGACUGCUGUUUGACGAUAUGGAUUGCCUUAGAUCUGUGUUUUUUUUUAAAACCACUGCUUUCCAUUGCUCUGUAUAUUUAUAAAAAGUAAUUCCUAGUUAUAUUGACACUUCCUGUCUGGUUUUAACCACCAUUUUUCAAUAAAAACCAUCUUGUA